AUGGUGACAGGAAUCGAGGCCACCGGUGUGGCUUUAGCCAUUUUGCCUUUGCUUGUGAACCAGUUAGAUAACUAUGCACGAGGACUGGAAAAGAUCAAAGGCUUUCGACGAUACAAGUGGCAGUUCGAGGAUUACUCUACUGGAUUGAGUGCCCAGUACGCCAUAUUGCUGAAUACCCUAGAGCUAUCUCUUGAAGGUGUUGUUGAUGAUCACGACCAAAGAUCUGAACUGAUCAGAAACCCGAUGGGUCCUGGGUGGACGGAGGCAGCUUUUCAGCGCCGAUUAAUUGAAAAGCUCGGUCGGGAUUACAUUUCUUUUACUGGUACAGCGAACGGACUUUGUCGUCUCCUGGAGGAUCUUUCUACCAGACUUGGGCUAGAGACCACAGAUUAUUCAACGGCUGCCUCGACAAUAUAUUUGAAGGCCAUCAAAUUUCGCAAGAUCUUCUCCUCGGCGGUUUACGAAGACAUUUUAGACAAAAUCGAUAAGACAAAUCAGAUUCUGAAGACUCUUUGCGAGCAAUCCCAACACCGGGAACGAACUCGACGGGGUCCGGCCAGGCAGAAGAUCAAUCUGAAGAAAUAUCGUGACAAAAGAAGACACGCGAAGUCUCUUUAUGGUAUAAUAAUCCAAGGACGUCAAUGCUGGAAUUGUGCAUGUCAAGAUGGACACUCUAUUGGUUUUCAGCUUGACACGACCUCUCUCCGCGGCACAAAGGACGCUCACCAUGGAUCUAUGGACACGAGUUUCCGCAUGAUUCUAUCAUCCCCCAAAAAUCAUGUAUCGCCUCUAGAUCGAAGUCAAUGGCACGAGGUCAAAGUGGAAGCCGACAGAAGUGUUGAAACCCCCAAUAUCACCAUGAAUCCUCGCCCGUCAGCCGGGAAAUCAAAGGUUCGUUUUACCGACUUGGAAACAAAAUGUGAAGAAUAUCUUCCCAAACUACAUCGUCCACGAGGCCUUCCCAUUUUCUCUCUAUGCACGGCCUUUCGUGAAGUUGAUAUGGCAGGCCCGCACGCCAAAUCCGAUUUCAUCGGAUACAUUUCCAGUGAACAGACCGCCACAGAUACCAGAUACUAUAUGAGUGUAAUUCACAGUAUUCAAGAUGAAAUACAUCUUCGCUCCUUACAGGAUGCUCUCAUUGGCUCUCCAUCCUUACCGGGUUCCCCAAUUCAAAACUCGGAUGAAUUGAGUCGCCGCGACAGGCUUUAUCUGGCCACUCUCCUCGCGUGUAGCGUUCUCCAGCUUCAUGGGAACUGGCUCCAACAGAAAUGGCGAACGCGGGAUAUUCUAUUCAUUCAUAAUCCUGAAUCCAAGCGGCUACAGUUUGAACAUCCAUACCUAUUACAGAGAGUGUUGAACGCACCUCAGACAGACCUCAACGGAACGACCUCGGAAGUAUACGACGGCAUACGUCACCGCCAAAUUUCAAACAAUAUCCUGUUUCCGCUCGCAUUGGCCUUGAUUGAAUUAUCACUGGGAAGGGCUAUAAGCACGCUCCAUGGCCCUGGAGAUCAAGACUCGUCUGAGGACGUUUCUCACUUCAACACCGCAACGAGACUUCUUAAAACAGUCUACUGGGAGAGCGGAUCAAACUAUGGAGAUGUUGUUAAUGAGUGUUUGUAUUGGUCGCGAAGCAAGGGCGACGGCUUUGAAGAUCCUCAUUUUGAUGAAUCCGUGCUAGAUACGAUUGUCUCUCCUCUACUGAAGGAUUUUGAUUAUUUUGAGGGUCUCUCCUAUGGGGCAUAG